CUUGAAAGAUUACUAGUAUUUAGUGUAACGCAUUUGGGUUUGUGUUCCUAAAGAGAGACGAACAAUAACUCAAAACUGCGGGGUGACCAAGAGAGUAUACUAUAAACAAGAAAGGGAACCCCGUUUCUUCAUCCGUUUGUUUUCUUCUUCUUCUUCUUCUCUUCAGAUUCAUCUCUCUCUCUCUGUUUCCUUCUAUUUUGUCCUUUCUUCCAUUUCAAUUUCUUCAUCCUCUCUCUCUUACACUCUUCUUCGAUUUUGAACUUCUCUACUGUUCCCCACGCGGUGAGGGAUUAUAAAUGUCCUUCACGGGAUCUCGCUGUUCUUUCAUCCGUUUUUAAUCUUCUUCUUCACUGCAUCAUCUUCUAGCUCCGAGUUGUCCAGAUGAGUCAACUCGGUCUCAUCCUGCAGGAAUCGCUCCGCAAUGAAAGAGAAGCAAGAACCAUCUUCGGUUUGCUAACCGAACAAAUCGACGCCGGCGAUACAGCUCACCGGAGGAGGCGCACCCUCAAAGAACGCCUCAGAUUCACCGGAAUGGGCUGCUGCGGUGCCACCUGGGUCUUCCGUCCCGUCCGCCAGGACCAUCACGAAGAAGCUAGAGGAGAAGAAGGAACAAGAACUGUACAGCAACAUCAACAGCAAGAGGAGAUCCAGCAGGGUCAAGAUCCGGACCCGUUGGUACCCGAAUGCGUGGGUCCGGGUCCAUCGGGCACGGGGAUGAAUCUCGCGGCGGCGUUGGCGGCGGAGCGGCAAUUUCGGGGAUCAGGGGAAUCGGAGGGGGAGACGCCGUUGAGAGUGUCGUUGAUGAGGCUGUUGGAGGAAACGGAGGUGGAAACAACAGCAACGGAGAAAGGAGGAGAGGGGAAUGAUUCGGUGUGCUGCGUGUGUAUGGGAAGGAAGAAAGGUGCAGCGUUCAUACCAUGUGGUCACACUUUUUGCAGGGUGUGUUCCAGGGAGCUCUGGUUGAACCGAGGGAAUUGCCCCCUUUGCAAUCGUUCCAUUCUCGAGAUUCUCGACAUCUUCUGAAACUCAAAUUCAUCUUGGAUCCAUCAACCCUAAACCCACAAUUUUUCUUUCUUUUUCUGCCAUUAAACUUGGGUUGAUUUUUCAGGUGUAACAUGAUACUAUGAUAGUAGUUGAAUUUGCUACCUAUUGAAAAUUUAAUUAGUCUAUGUUAUCUUUGUAUAUUAAUAGUACUAUUAAUUCACUUUUCCCCGUAAAUUUGGAGA